ACGCAUACGAAAAAAAGCUUCUGCUACUAUCCGACAUCAUAGAAGUAAAAACCGAGAUGAAGUUUUGUAAAAUAAGAAACAAUAUUUACUUUACCUAUACGCUAUUUUAUCUCACAGCAAAAACAUUUGAAGAGACGCCACAGGUAUUUUUAAGAUAAUGUUGUUGAGAUUUCUAGUAAUUAUAUACUAUUACAUUCUGGUCGAACUAUUACAGUUUCAUUAUGAAGACCUAAGGAUAAACAUAAAGGCUUGAUUUUGUUACAUAGCAAUAUAAGAAGGAAAUUCUGAUUAUAUAUUAUUAAUUAAAGUAGUCUACAUGUACUUUAAACAUUUGAAUAACAAAAUCUCAUCAACCAAAUGAUAUCAAAAUUAAAUCUAAAUUAUAAUCACAGCAUAAAAAACUAUUAUUUCUUACUAACACCUUUUUAAAAAUCUUCGUCACGCACUCUGGGGAUCGAGAAUGGACGAGAGGAAGAAAUCUUGCGUUCGAGUUGCUGAGGAUGGCUGGCGUCUGGAAGGGCAUCCAGGCGUAUAGGCGAACACUUAGUGAAUGGAGAGGGGAAGAAGUCACACGUUCGAGUCCCUGUGGAUGGCUGGCGUCUGGAAGGGCAUCCAGGAACGAAGACGAACACCCAGUAGAAGUACUUAAUGGGACGAGGUUGAGGAAACUUCUAGGGGAGACAUGGAAAGGAGUUCCGAAACCAUUACACGAAAUUGGCAUCACAGUUAGCGAGGGUUCUCUGCUGGUCAAGAUUGCGUGGUCCGCGAUACCGCCGUUAGUCGUUUUCUUGGGAAUCAAGGUGGAUACGAGCAUUGCAUUUGCCGUUUCUGGAACCUCUGCUGAGACUUCGCUGAACACGAGCCAAAGUAAGAACUGACACAAUAUCUCGGUUCUUGGUUUAGGAUUAUAGCAUUCGUAUGUAGUAUGUGAGAGUUUAUUAAUAUGUUCACACACACACACACACAAAUAUUUACAUACACACACAUACAUAAAUAUAUACAUAUAUGUGUAUACAUAUACAUACAUAUAUUUGCUUGUUAAGCUGCUUGAUUUAGUGUACGGCUUUGAGAGAGAGAGAGAGAGAGAGAGAGAG